ACCACUUGUACCACUAAGUAUUACUAACAACUCGCUCUCCAAGCUCUCGCCUUUUUCCCACAAUGGCCAAGGAGACCCCAUGGGACAUCGCUCUCACCGACCUUGCCCUCGCCGGCCUCCGCCCUGAAGAAGCCACAGCCUUCUAUUCGGAUCUCCACCGUGUUCUUGGACCACAGCGCCGACCGCCAGCCGACGCUGCCGAGGUGUGGAGAAGUGUGGUUGAUUCUGGCCUGUUGAAACCUUCGCAUUCCCAUCCUCUUCACCAGCUCGUUUACUACUCCGUCUUCGCUCGCUGGGAUUUCGCUGCUCGUGGCCCGCCGCCUUACUGGUUUCCCGAUCCGGUUCUGGCUAAGCGUACCAAUCUUGGGAAGUUGAUGGAAGCUCAUGGCCCCAGUUUGCUUGGAUCAUCUUAUAAGGAUCCAAUUACAAGCUUUAAUCUUUUCCAAAAAUUCACUGUUGAGCAUCCAGAGAUUUAUUGGUCGAUUGCUAUGAAGGAGAUUUCAGUUCUGUUUCGUGAAGGUCCGAAAUGUAUACUGGAUACUAGUGACAAGUCUAGGGAAGGUGGGAUAUGGUUUCCGGGAUCGGUCUUGAACAUUGCCGAGUGUUGUCUGCUACCAAUGAACUUUCCAAAGAAAACCAAUGAGAGUAUCGCUAUUGUAUGGAGGGAUGAAGGUUCUGAUGAUUCUCCUAUUAAUGCGAUGUCGCUUAAAGAGCUCCGAGAUCAAGUCAUGAUGGUUGCAAAUGCAAUUGAUAAACUGUUCUCAAAAGGGGAUCCAAUUGCCAUAGACAUGCCGAUGACAACUACUGCAGUGAUCAUAUACCUUGGAAUCAUCCUUGCAGGGUGUAUAGUUGUAUCAGUAGCUGAUAGCUUUGCAGCGAAGGAAAUUGCAGUUCGCCUGAGCAUAUCAAAAGCAAAGGGAAUAUUUACUCAGGAUUUUAUUGUAAGAGGAGGAAGAAAAUUUCCACUUUACAGCCGCGUCAUUGAAGGAAGUAACUGUAAAGCUAUUGUGGUACCUGCCCGAGGAAAUGAAAUUGGAGUUCAACUAAGGAGCCAUGAUUUAUCAUGGAAAGAUUUUCUAUCAUGUGCUGCAAGUCAACCAAGGCCAUGUAGUUACAUUCCAGUUUAUGAGUCAGCAGAGAAUGUAAUCAACAUUCUCUUCUCUUCAGGAACAACUGGCGAUCCAAAAGCUAUUCCAUGGACGCAACUUUCUGCAAUAAGAAGUGCAGCUGAUUCAUGGGCACAUACUGAUAUCCAAUCAGGCGAUAUUUGUUGUUGGCCAACAAAUUUGGGGUGGGUUAUGGGUCCAAUUCUUUUAUUUACAUGUUUCCUAAAUGGUGCAACUUUAGCUCUCUAUCAAGGAUCACCUCUUGGACGAGGUUUUGGAAAAUUUGUUCAGGAUGCAGGUGUAACAUUCCUAGGCACAAUACCAUCAUUGGUCAAAGCUUGGAAGAGCUCAAAAUGUAUGGAAGGACUUGAUUGGGGAAAAAUACGGACACUUGCUUCAACGGGAGAAGCAUCUGAUGUGGACGAUGACCUAUGGCUUUCUUCUCGAGCAUCCUAUAAGCCUAUUAUCGAGUGUUGUGGUGGAACAGAACUUGCAUCGUCUUAUAUUCUAAGUACCUUGUUGCAACCACAAGCUUUUGGGGCAUUUAGUGGCAAAUCAAUGUCAACAGGCUUUGUGAUUUUUGACGAUCAAGGGAUAGCUUACCCUGAUGAUCAACCUUGUAUUGGAGAAGUUGGCUUAUUUCCUCUAUAUAUGGGUGCAAGCAGUAGAUUACUUAAUGGCGAUCAUAAGAAGGUUUACUUUGAUGGAAUGCCCUCUUACAGAGGAAUGAAGCUGAGAAGGCAUGGAGAUAUAAUCCAAAGAACAGUUGGUGGCUACUAUAUUGUCCAGGGCAGGGCAGAUGACACCAUGAAUCUUGGAGGCAUUAAGAUAAGUGCAGUCGAAAUAGAACGAGCAUGCAAUAGAGCCGAUGAAGCUGUGUUAGAGACAGCUGCAAUUAGCAUCAGAAAAGGUACCGGAGGUCCUGAGCAAUUGGUUGUAAUGGUAGUACUAAAAGAAGGAUCAUCAAACUGUGACCCUUAUCAGUUGAGAGCUAAAUUUCAGAAAGCCAUUCAGAAAAACCUUAACCCUUUAUUCAAGGUGAGUUCGGUAAGAAUCGUCCCUGAGUUUCCUCGGACAGCUUCAAACAAGUUGCUCAGGAGAGUUCUCAGGGAUCAGUUGACAAAAGAAUUGUCCACUCUAAGCAAAUUGUAGAGCAAAAUGUUAUUUAUUGGUACUCAAAUAAAAGCUUCAGAGCUUGUCAAAUGUUUACAGAAUUCAAAACAAGAAUAAACUGAAUGUUCAUUGCAACAAGGUCACAAAUCUCUAUUCGCAUUCACGACAUGUAACACAUCCACCAAAUUCUUCGUAAGAAUAGUAAAUGAACUAUUGAUUA